AAAUAUAUUACGGAUUCAUUUAAAAUCAUAGUGUCGAGCUGAAAUUGUAUCUGUGUUGUGUUCAUGGCGUUUAUUUGAAUAAAAAGCACGCGGAAGACCUGUGGGGUCCUGAGAAGUUCUCAGAGACGUCUUCUUCUCGUCGGACAUCUGUAGAGGACGAAACCAUCCUGAAUUUCUCAAUCAUUGUGGUCCUUCGUCUGAGGAUCACACAACCUGGUUGACGUCAGGUUCUCACGAAUGGAGCGACUCUGGUGCCGAUUCGAGCUCAUGAGGCCGGUUAGGAACCUUUGACAGAUCCACCAGAGAACGAGAAAGCGGGAUGGACGCCUUCAGAGAACGGUUGAGCGCAGAAAAGCCCGGACAUCCACCACAAGAGCAGCCUGAGCCCCCUCAGCUCAAGUUCACCGCAGAAGCUGCUGUCGCCCUCCUGCAGCGUUUUGGACUUGAGAAGGAGGACCUGGAGGAACUUGUGCUUUACCCCGAAGACCAGAUGACUCCGAUCAAGCUGGCCGAGAUCCUGAGGAAGAUUCGUGAAGAGAAGGACCAAAGAUCUGGUCUGGAGUCCUGCAGGAGUCUGCGUGAAGAUGAAGGUCCUGCUGGAAGGAUGAUUGGAUUCAACGAUGGAGGAACUUCUUCUUCGGUCGCCUCUCACAGUUCCAGCCUUAAAAGUGGAAAAUCGUUGCAGGAAUCAAAGACCUCAUCUGCUGAGAGACCAAAGCUGAAACCCAAACAAAGUCUCAAAUCCAAGGUCUCUAAAUCUGCUCCUCCGCCUCUGAAGAAGAAGAAGAAACCAGGAGCUCUGGAAACUGUCCAGACUGAUGGGAAGAACAGCAGCUGUAAAAGGUCCGGUAAAGCGUUAGCAGCUGCUAAACCUGUGACACCUGCAAAGAAACGUAAGCAGGAGGAUCAAGAACCAAGCGUCUCUGGACCUCCAACUAAACUAACAGCCGUCCAUGCAGCACCUUCUCACUCCAGCAGACAAUUCCCAACCGAGGUUCUCCGGAGUCUGCCCACGCCAGCCAUGAUUCAGGACUACGCUGCAGAAACGCCCAGGGUGUUUCCUCAUUCCUGCUGUCUGUGCAGCAAAGACUCUGCGGAUAUGAUGGACUGGUUCUUCCAUCAGACCAGCAGCCUUCACCUCCUGAACUGCACGCUGCUGCGGAAGCGGUUCCCAGACUGGGACGGCGAGGUGAGGUCCAUCCGGAGAGAGGCGUCACAUUGGCGGCAGCCUCACGCUUCGUGGCGCCCUCAGGAAAAACGCCGGCGGAGCUGGGACGGUCCCUCCCGGAGUCCUCCAGAUUUGCCUCCCAGCAGGUCCCGCUCUCGCAGCCCUCACCGCCAACGUGGAAGCAGCGCUCAGCAGGACAGGAGAGGCCGCCGCUCACCCGGCCUCCACCGCCGCCGAGACUCCAGGGAGAGGAGGUCCCGGUCUCCCUCCGGGUCUCCACACCGCAAGUCCAGCUCUGCGGACAGAGGGAACCCGUCCAGACGGGGAGACGUGACGCCCGGAGCUCCUCCAUCUCCCAGGAGGAGCCGUGGAAGGAGCUCCUCUACGGUAACCCCCCUGAGCAACGCAGAGAGGGUGGCGAAGAGGAUGCUGAAAAACUCAGCCGUCCAGGUUCUGUCCAGGCAGUCGGAUGUGCAGACAGCAGUCAGAACUUUAGCUCCCGUCCUGCUGGCCGAACUGGCCAAGAUGGCGUCCCCGUCCUCGCCGUGCGAGGCAGAAACACUGGAGCUGGCUAAGAAGGUGGCCAAGAAGCUGUCCAAAGAGAAGCCCGUCCUAAAAAAAAGCAAAAGGGUCACGGCUGGAAGUGUAAAGAGUGCAGCUUCCAAGAAGCUUCAGUCCAAAGUCUCAGUGGACAAGAAGAAAGCUCUGAAGAAAAAAGCCGCUGUGAAAGUCAAAGCCGUCCGGCCCAAGCAGACCAGAACAAAGAACCCAGGAGGAACACAGCCGAUCCAGAAGAAACCUGGGGAACCGGUGAAGGAGCUGGUGUCGGCCGGCUGUGUUUCCGCGGCCGCUGUCACGUCAUCGACAGUCGGAGAGCGUCUGGAAGAGAACCUGACUCUGACACAUUUCCAUUGCUUCGACAUCCUCGAGCUGAUGGAGAACAGUUCAAAGAAAACCAAGCAGCUGCUGAACAUAAAGCAGAUGCUCAUAACCAACCUGCCCCAGUAUCACGACGGCUGCUACACCCAGGGAGAGCUGGCCAAGGUGCUCUGCCCCUUUGGGUUCGAACUCGGGGAGGACAACAUCUACGUCAUUCCUCAGACACAAACAGCUGUGGUCCAGAUGGUGGAUUCUGCAGACCUUCAGAGAGCCGUGGGCGCCUCUGCUGAAGGGGUCUUCUUCAAAGAGUCCCGGCUUGGUUUCGCAGCUUUAUCGACUAAGAUCAGCAUGCAGCCGUUUGGCUUUUAUAAAGAUCUGAUGAAAAAGAUGUCUUUUAAGGUGACGGAUGACGGAACGAGCACCGUCUUCAUCCAGGACAUCUCCCCAUGUGAAGUCAGGAAGCUCCGGGACGCUUUGAGGAAAAUCGGCUCUGUCAAGAACUUUCUGCCUUUGCUUAACAAGGUCUUCGUGGAGUUCGAGUCCACCCUAGAUGUCGACCGGCUCGGAGUUUGGUUCGGCCUCCUGAAACGAGGCUUCGGCUGCAGGGUGUACAGGUUGAAAACCCCCACGAGCUCUUCAACGGCGCUGCCUCCGAGACUCCCGGCGAAGGCCUUACCCGACAACAGAGACAUCGUCAACGGAGUGAUCGUCCUCGUCACCAAGUGUGACGUUCCAGAGGGCAGCACCUCGCCGUUUUGGAUCCCCAUGACAACCGUUCCUUAUUUGUUCCCAACGGCGUCUGCCUGGUUCAUCAUUCCAAAUUACGUCACGGUGAAGGCAACGCCGGACAUCCAGACCGCCGGCCCGAUAGGCUCCAAGUUCUGCACCGUCAUGCUGACUGGUCUACCAGAAGGAAACUACACGUUCACAGAUAUCACCAAGCGGGUGUCUCCUUAUUUCCCCAAAGAAGAUGAUUCCGUUCUCUCCUCCAGGGUGGUCGUCCUGCCACUGCAGAGAAGGGCGUUUAUCUUCUUUAACAACUGGAACAUGUGCUCCACGUUUGCUGAAGACUGCCUCCGGAGUCCGGUUACGGUCAGAGGCUGCCAUCUGAACAUCCACUUUGUGCUGGAGGACAUGCAUCUCCAUUCCAGUGAGGUGGUCAUGUACAGAAAUCUGAUGAAAUGGAGCAACGGUUAUCUUCCUCAACGUGAAUGUUUGGAGGAGCGACUGCUGCUGGUAGAAAUCUUCCAGACGUCUGUGUUGCUCAUCGAGAUGGUCGUGAACGUCGUGGCAUCGAUCGCUCCCUUCGUCAGCUUCCUGCCGCUCGCCAACACCAUCUACAUCGAGAUGGCUGAACCCAGAGGAGUGAAGGAGGUGGUGAACAAUUCUUCCCUGAGGUCUCGGUUCACAGAAGAUGUUUGGAUGAAGAUCCGAUACAUUCGACCGUUCAGUGUUAAAGUCCUCAGUGAGAACUUGCAGGACUGCCAGCAGGAGACAGGAACCCAUCCCACCUGUACACCUCUUCAAACCAGUUCCUCUGAACCGGCCCCCUCUGUCGGUUUCAAACCGACAACUUCAGCUGCAGCGACUCAAAGCCUGAGGGAGACUUCUGCCGACUCCGUCUCUGACUCCCCUUCCCCACUUGGCCCCUCAGCAGCUCCUCUGCCGACGCACGACCGUAUGGCUCAAGAAGGGCGGGUUGAGAUGGAAACGUCAGAUCUCCAUAGCAACCAGGACGGUAGCGAGGAGGCCAGGUCACCUGGACCAGAGCGCGGAGAGAGCAGAAACCAAAUCCUGAUGGAGACCAGAGCGAUCCAGGUGGAUUCAAAAGAUGAAUCGCCCACCAAGAGGCCUUCCAGAGUCCAAGCUGGAACCGUUCAGGAAGAGGAAGACGCUCAUCUGAAGUCUGAUCCUUUGAAGGAUCAACCACCUGCUGCAGAGACUCAGUCGGUGCGAUGUGGUCAUGUGACCGUGGAAAUGCUUCCUGAAGAGGAGAAUCCUCCAAACCAGCAGCAGGAGGAGAAGGUUGGAGGAUACCAGACGGGAGCCGAGGACGAAGCUCCAACCAAAGAGGCUGAAGGACUCGAAAGUGCUUCUCUGACCAGUUCUGCCUCCGACGGGAGGGAGGAAGCGGUCAUGGAGCCAGAUGAGGGAGCUUCAGAGGAGCCAGCCCAGAAACUCAAGGAGGAGCCGAUAAAAGAGGAGGAUCCUGCUGGAGGAACGUCUCCUGGGCUGCAUCACGUGAAGGUUGAGAGUCUAGAUGGGUCAGACGAUCGUGUCGAGGAGGCCUGUGAGGAUCCUUCAAGGUCAGAGCGAGCUGGUCCAGAAGAAAGGCCCACCGCCGGAGAGCAGCCAGCAGCAGGGGUCAUUGGAGACCCUCCAGCAGCAGCAGGGGUCAUUGGAGACCCUCCAGCAGCAGCAGGGGUCAGAGGAGACCCUCCAGCAGCAGCAGGGGUCAUUGGAGACCCUCCAGCAGCAGCAGGGGUCAGAGGAGACCCUCCAGCAGCAGCAGGGGUCAGAGGAGACCCUCCAGCAGCAGCAGGGCUCAGAGGAGACCCUCCAGCAGCAGCAGGGGUCAGAGGAGACCCUCAGACACUGCAGGAACCUCAGCGGUUUGAGGUCGAUUUGGCUGCACGUGAAGACGACCGCCUGAACGUCUCAAGACCAACCAAACGCAAACUGGGAGACGACACAGAGGAAACGUUGAAGCCAGACGAGAUGGGAAGAACUCCAGAAGACCUGCAGAAACCAGCAGCAAACAGACCCAGAGGCCGACCCAGGAAGAAGAUGGGAGUGGCUAACGUGAGGAAGUCUCCAAAAGGAAAACCCGAGAGUCCAGGAGCGGAGAGGAGAGAGGAGGACGGGAAAACAUCUGCUGGCCCAGAAGCCUUCACUCCAGAGAUCCAAAAAAGAGCAAAGGAUGCUGGGAAUCGGCCCACGAAAGAAAAAGACGAAGAAGUUACAGUUUCCAGACCACAAGCGAGACGACUCGUUCAUCUGGAAGGAACUCAAACUCGGUCUGGACGCGUCCCCGCCCGCUCCAUACUCCAGCCGUUCAACCCGAACCGCUCCUACGGUCAGGAGUUCACCGUCCCCACCAAAGCGUUUUACUGUAACCUCUGCUCGGUUUUCUACAUGAGAGAGACGGCGGAGGACGACCUACACUGCUGCAGCAAGCUGCACUACGACAAGCUGCGGGAAUACUUCCAGAAGAGAGCACAGCUGAGAAAAUGUUCCAGGAAGUUGAGGUGAAUCUUCAGCCUGCCCUGAUUGGUCAGCUUUAAGCUCCGCCCACCACAGUAUUUGAAAUCUUCAAAUUUCAACGGAGAAAGUUUUACAUUUGUGUGCUUUUCUUGUUUUUGUAUUUUUAGUAAAAAAAAAACGAAUAAAAGAUUUUUCAUUGAACUA